AUGCCGGUCCAACUGCGACAGCGCCUCGAUUGCCACUACUGCGGCCGCAGAUCGAAACAUAGCAAGAAGCAAGACCGCAAGUUCCAAUGUGAGCACUGUCUCGCGGUGAACUUCUUCGACGAAAAUGGAGAAAUAGCCGAUGUCCCUGCGGAAGAAGUAGCCCCGACGCAACAACGUUAUGCCCAACCUGUCAUAUCCGAUCCCCUUGCAGACGACUUUACCUCCCCAGACUCUAUCUUCUGUUCGACGUGCCUGAAGAACCAACAGUUAUACACAUACAACCUGUCCCAAUUCCUCCCGGACCCCGACCAUCCUGAUUAUGACAAACUGGAGGCCCAGCUUCCGGAAUACAAGAAAGGUCUUGAACUCCGCUACCCGCAAUGCUGUGCUCGCUGCGAACCAAGGGUCCGGGCGCAGUUACAUCAGGCAACAUACAAUGCAAGAAGCGACCACCUACGGCGAGUGCUGGAAAAGUCGCGCCAGAGGAGGAUUGCCAGUCGACUAGGCUGGAGGAGUCUUCUGGUCACUGCUGCAGGGUUGGCGUACUUCUCUAGCCUGGCUAUGCAGUUGGUUUGGCAUCUGUAUGGCUCCCAAGUCAGUCGACGUACACCGACACUGAAACUACGGCCGCUGGAUUGCUUGACGCAUCGCCCCUUUGUCUCCGAAUGCCUUGAUAUCGUGGAACCUCUCGUUGGCUUGUCCCUCAACCUGGGGCUGUUGUCAAUCUGGUGGAAUCCGAGGUGGCAGUACAGGCUUUCCACUCAGGAAGGAAAUCUCAGCGGGCUGAAACAGUAUUAUCUGGUACAAAUGGCUCUAUUGGGCUUGCGAUUCAGCGCAUGGAUUGUGCUGGUCCAUGUACCUCUCGAUCCCAAGGUGCGCUGCAUGCUUCAUGCUUGUUUUGCAGUCGCUAUCGCAGUCAUUGCAGGCUGGUCUGUCUACGCCAUUAUCGAGGUGAAAACCUCACCAGCCGUCAAUUGGCAGCAGGACCCAGCUCAGCUGUUGUCCAGCAACCAGUUUGUUCCGCCUUCGGGUCCAGCUCACCCAGGUACGCAGGAUAUUCAAUCCGGGCCGUUCAGCAUUGGGACCCUUGCCACACCGCCACCACCGGCCUACAAGGCCUGGAAACCUCCGACUCCUCCGGAAGACAGCGCAGAGUUGAUGGACUGGACUCCUUCCCAACCCACAUUUGAGCCCGAACUAAAGGAGCUGCGCUACCGAUCGACAGGGCCUUCGCCGUUCCAUGGCACGUUGCCCGCGCUGAAUGUGCGAGGAGUACACAAGAAUGCUACUGCGCGCAGCAUGGCACAAAAGGAAGCCAUCGGUCUACCUCCAGGUUUUUUCGAUCGCCCAACAGAUCCGGCCCUGCCUUCGCGAAAGACCGAGUCAAAAAGCGAUGCAAUUGCACAACCAAAGUUCUUCGGCCAUGAUAGAGAGGCUGACACUGGGCUUGAAAGCAUCUUUGGCACGGUUUUCUCGCUCCAAGACCGUUCCUUGGACCCAAAUGUUCCCACCUCUAAAUCUACUGUCGCCUCUUCACACUCGUACUCAUACUCAAAAGAACCUCUGGUGACAUCGCCACCAACUUCGAAGAUCAUCUCUUUUGGAACUAGAUUCAGCAGAUUUUCUUUCGCUUUGAUCUUGAUUGCGGUUGCGGCUUGGACCUUCGAGGCUACCCUUUCACCAAACCCCUCGGAGCUCGGUUACUAUAUUGUCCUGCUCAGUGUCUCCAUUCCUGUGGGCCAUGUGGCAUACCUUCUCGCUUCUGGCGGCAUCCGCACUCGACUCUCUCGCCUGCUGCUGUUCACGCUCGAAGCGAUUCUAUUGCUCGGCAUUGCAAUGCUACGCGAACCGUUCGGCGAACUCUUUCGAGAUCUGUGGAACAAGCUGGGAAUUGCAGUGGUAGGGCUAUUACUGCCGCAGGAAUUCCUCCAUAUGAAUCACUCCAGCAGCGAUACUGGCCCUGCUCACGAGCAUUACGAAACCGAGACACCAGUGCCACCGAGCACAGAGACCAUCGAGACUCGGCACAGCCCCAUCCCAUCGGCCACACCGACCUUGAGCCGUCGCGACUCCACCGAGUCGAUUGAAAGUCGAUCGUCGAUCGCCACGACUUCUACGGCAUGGGAGUGGCAGACGCCAAAGCUGUCUAGAGGCCGCUAUGAGCUGCUCGAGUCAUCGUCAUCCGCAACACCCAGGUCUACUGGCGCAAAUGUUGGGUCGCGCCAGCAGCAGCUGUCAGACAGGAACUUGCUGGGUAUAGAUGGCCUCACGUUGAGCGAUCGCGCCUCCGCUGGAAGUCCUAGCAAUUCAGGGAGGAGAACAAGUAGGUGGGGUGUCGAGUCUUCAGGGACAAAUAUUGCCGGACCGCGGGCCAGACGAAGGGGUUGA